CAGUACGCGAUUGAAUUCCGUCGCGGUAACACGUGUCGCGGCCGCCUUACCAAACUCCCGGGACAGAGCGCAUCGGAUGCGCGCGUGAUGUUUCAAAAGUGAUUAGUGCCUUCACGAAUCUGAUAUUCGUUAAUGGUUCUCGCGAUUACGAACGUAAUUAAUUUGAAGAUGCUUUUUUUUGACAUAAAUUUUAAGACAUCUUGUUUAUACAAAAGAAGGAAAUAAGCUUGUGGAUUGUCUUCAAAUAAAACUUGGAAUACCCCUUCAAUACUUACAACGUAAAAACAGUUAAAAACAAAGAAAAAACGUACUACCAACAAAAGGAUCAGUGUUAGAAGUGACAGUGACAGUGACAGUGUCACGAAACGGAUGUGACAAAAAUGCAGAGACAGUUGAGCAAUGUCAGUUUUCAUUCUUACCAGGACUACCAGCCUAGCAGGCGUUAUGGGCCGCAGUAUGAGCCUGGAGGCUACGCCACGGUAGUACAGCAACGUACCAACAUGACCCAGAGGGAGGACGCCCUCAAAUUCGAGCAGGGCCGCAUCAAGGCCCUGCAGGAGGAGAGGUUGCACAUCCAGAAGAAAACCUUCACGAAAUGGAUAAAUUCGUUCCUGCAGAAGGCCCGGAUGGAGGUGGAGGAUCUAUUUGUGGAUUUGGCAGACGGGCGGCGCCUCCUCAAACUCCUGGAGAUCAUCAGCGGGGAGCGUCUGCCGCGACCCAACACCGGCAGGAUGAGGGUCCACAAAAUCGAAAAUGUCAACAAAAGCUUGAGUUUCUUACACACAAAGGUGCGUUUGGAGUCUAUCGGAGCUGAAGACAUCGUGGACGGGAACCCUCGACUCAUCCUCGGCUUGAUCUGGACCAUCAUCCUGCGUUUCCAAAUCCAGGAGAUCGAAAUCGAUGUGGACGAAGAGAAUGAGUCUUCCGAGAAGAAAUCCGCCAAGGACGCCUUGCUGCUGUGGUGCCAACGCAAGACGAGUGGCUACCACGGAGUCCACAUCCACAACUUCACUGACUCGUGGAGAUCUGGGCUUGGUUUCAACGCGCUCAUACAUGCUCACAGGCCCGACCUCUUCCGCUGGACCGAGGUGCCGGUCGCUGACCACGUGGAAACCCUCAACCACGCCUUCGACGUCGCCCACAAGCACCUCGGCAUCCCCAAACUCCUGGACGCUGAAGAUGUGGACACGACCAGGCCUGAUGAGAAGUCGGUGAUGACGUACGUGGCUAGUUACUAUCACACGUUCGCUCGUAUGAAGAAUGAACAGAAGAGUGGUAGGAGAAUUGCCAAUAUCAUCGGUCAAAUGAUGGACUGUGAUGAGAGGAAGGGUGAAUACAGCCGGCUGGUCACCGCGCUCUUGGAGUGGAUCCGACUCAAGAUCGAAGAGUUGAAUGACAGGGAGCUGCCCAACUCUCUGGAUGGAAUUCAGCGUCUGCUACUUGGCUUCAAGCAGUACAGGACCGUCGAGAAACCUCCCAAAUACAAAGAGCGAUCGGAGAUCGAAGCGUUAUAUUUCCACAUCAACACGAUGCAGAAGAGUCUGGUGGGAGAACCCUGGGCGCCACUGGAGGGACAACUUCCUCAAGAUCUGGAGCGAGCCUGGCAAAGAUUGGAACAGGCCGAACACGCGAGAGAGAUAGCGCUCAGGACCGAACUGCUCAGACAACAGAGGCUCGAACAACUCAAUUACAAAUUCAAUACUAAGUCGGUCCUGCGUAAGGGCUACUUGAAGGAGAUGAUCCAGGUCCUGUCGGACCCUCGCUACGGCUCCAACCUGGCCCAGGUCGACGCCACUGUCAAGAAACACGAGGCCAUAUCUGCGGACAUCUUAGCAAGAACCGAACGCUUCGAGGACUUAUCGGCAAUGGCGGCAGAACUGGUCAGGGAGAAGUACCACGGCGCGGAAGCCGUCUCCAGGACCGAGCAGGCGGUCCUGCAACGCUGGAGGGAGCUCCUGGAAUUGCUGGAGAGACAUAGAGUGUCUCUGGGCAAGCUGGCCAGACUUAUGGCACUACUGAGAGAAGCUGAUGCCGUGAAACAUACGCUGGUUGAGAUGAAGACCCAGUUCCAAUCGGAGGAAGUCGGCAGGCAUCUGUCUGACGUGGAGAGGCUGCUGCAAGCGCACGCUCUCCAGGAGUUGCAGCUGGGCGCCGCGGACGAGAGCCUCAAGCGGCUCGUGCGGCUGGCGGCCGGCGUGGACGGCCCCGCGCAGCCCCAGGCUCAGCUGCAGAAGCAACUAGAGCAACUGCAGGAGGCUUACGACAGCCUGCUGGCGGCGGCCAAGGACCGUAAGGCGAGGUUGGAGGACGCUCGUAACCUGUACCAAUUCCUGGAGGACCACGAAGAAGAAGAAGGUUGGGUGACGGAGAAGCAGCGCAUAUGUCGCACCGACGUCGCCGCCAAGGACCUGAGAGGAGUGCUGGCGCUGAAGCAGAAGCACACGGGGCUGAUGCACGAGCUGAGGGCCAGGGAGCACGUCUCCCAGCGACACAAGUCCAAGGGUCAGAGCCUCAUAGACGCCGGUCACCCGAAGAGCGCCGAGAUCGAGCGGCGCCUGACCUCGCUCAGCAAGCAGUGGGAGACGCUCAGGGACCUGGCUGCAGCACGAGAGAAACAACUGGCUGACGCUGCAGAGGCUCACCAGUUCUACGGGGACGCGAACGAGGCGGAGUCCUGGAUGAAGGAGAAGCGUCCGCUGGUGAGCACCGCGGACUGCGGGCAGGACGCCGCCGGCGCCGCCGCCCUGCUGGCCCGCCACCGCGCGCUGCACGACGCCAUCCGCGCGCACCACGCCGAGCUGCAGACCCUCGCCGCGCACGCAGCCCGCCUGCAGCAGGCCGGCAUACAGUGCCUCCAGUUACCAACGGAAGUGGAGUCCACUCAGGGCAUGGAAGACGAGGAGUGGGUGAACGAGUCCAGGCUGGUGCCGACCGAGGUGUGGGAGGAGGAGCCGGUCGAGAGACUCGAGCACAGGACCGUCACCGAGGAGAGACAAGUACCGCAGGUGAAAGCGCUGUACCCAUUCACGGGCCAAGGGAUAUCGAUGCAGAAGGGCGAGGUCAUGUUCCUGAUCAACAAGACGAACCCGGACUGGUGGUCGGUGCGGAAGGCGGACAGGACCGACGGCUUCGUGCCCGCCAACUACGUGCGGGAGAUCGAGCCCAGGGUCGUGCCGGUCCAAGUCCGCAGACCAGAGAAGGUGAGGACGGUUCAGCGCGUGAAGAAAACGGUGCUGGUGAAGCAGGUGGUGCCCGUGAAGAGGAACAAGCCGACCGCCAGGAGGGCGUCCAGGGUCCAGCAGAAGGUCGUCACCGUGGCAGCCAGGAUGGCGGACAUACAGAAGGACUACGACGAGUUGGUAGCGUUGUCGUCUGCGCGUCGUGAACAACUCGAGGAUGCCAUAAAGCUGUACAGCUUCUUCGCCGAGUGCGAUGACUUUGACAAGUGGAUGAAAGACAAGGAGAAGUUCCUCAAGUCUGACGACGGCGAGGAGAGCGUGGACACCGCCAAGAGGAAGUAUGAGAAAUUCGUGACCGAUCUGUCGGCGGCCUCCAAGCGCUUGGAGCACAUCGACGAGGCUGCCGAGGAGCUGGUCUCCGCCAGGCACGGGCAGGCCAGCAAGGCGGUCGCCAGGAAGCAGCAGCUGCGCCAGCAGUGGGAUAAACUACUGCGACUGAAACAACAGAAGGAGAAGAGCCUGGAGGGCGCGUCGAGCGUGGAGUUGUUCAGCCGCACCUGCGACGAGGCUCUGGAGUGGAUGGCGGAGAAGGAGCAGCAGCUGGCGGCCGGGCCGGGCGCCGCCAGCGACCUGCGCACCGUGCGCGCGCUGCAGCGGAGACACGCCCAGCUCGAGCGAGACCUGCAGCCGCUCCGGGACAAGGUCGCCACCGUCAGUCUGCUAGCCGACUCAGUGAAGUCCCAAUAUCCGAGCGAGAGGGCUAAUGUGGAAGCGAGACAGAGAGAGCUUCAGCGCGUCUGGGAGAGGUGUCGGCAGCAGGCUGAUGAGAGGAGGGACAGGCUGGAGAGCGCCGUGGGGCACCAGAUAUUCGGGAACAGUAGCGCCCAGCUACAAGGCUGGCUGCAGAAAACGAGAGAGCAGCUAGCGCAAGAGGCCACCGCCAAGGACGUCGCGACGGCCGAGGCUCUGCACGACCAACACAAGGAGCUGCUGGACGACAUCAAGACUCAUGACGACGAAUUCAAGGAGGUGAUCGCUCUCGGCAAACAGCUGCUGUCCAAGAACCCUGCGCUCACGGACGUGGCGGACAAGAUCAAGCAGUUGGAGCAGGACCAGAAGGCGGUCGCCAAAGAGUGGCAAGACAAGGACGCAUAUCUGAAGCAGCUGGUGCAGUUGCAGUGCUUCAACCGGGAGGCCGACCAGAUCGACGCGUCGUCCGGGGCCCACGAGGCUUACUUGGACUACACGCACUUCGGGUCGUCGGUGGAUGAGGCCGAGGCCCUGGUGAAGAGGCACGAGGAGCUGGAGGCGCGGCUGGCGGCGCAGGACGAGAGGCUGUCCGCCUUCGUGCAGCGGGCUGACGCGCUGCUGGAACUGCCACACUAUGCUGCGCAGCACAUCGUGUCCCGUCGCGACGCCGUGCUAUCCCGUCGUGACGCUGUGCGCCUGGCCGCCACCGAGCGACGCCGCGCGCUGCACGCCAGCCUGGCGUACCAGCAGUUCGUGGCGGCAGUUGAAGAAUUGCAAACUUGGAUCCAGGACAAAACGAAGACUGCCAAGGACCAGAGCUACAGAGAUUUGGCCAAUUUGGAGCGUAAACUUCAGAAACACGAAGCAUUUGAAAGGGAGUUACAAGCCAACGAGAAGCAACUCAGGAAUGUUGAGAGUAUCGGACAGUCUCUGCAGAAGUCGGAUCCAGCACGCGCCCAGGAGGUCAGCGCGCGGCUGGAGUCCCUGCGCGAGGCCUGGGAGGCGCUGGUGGCCGCCUCCAGGGACAAGGGGGGCAAGCUCCGCCAAGCAGCUCAACAGAGGCAACACCGCAGGUCUAUUGAAGACGCGAAGGCGAGACUGGUGGAGUUGGAGAGGGCGUUGAAAAGCGAAGAGAUCGGCACCGACUUGAGGAGUUGCAAGCGACUGCUCAACCAGCACCAGACUCUGGAGCAAGAAUUAAGUCAGUGGGAGCAAAAGGCGACGGUGUUGGCUGCUCAAGGUGCCGACUUAGUGUCGGCGGGGCACUUCGACGGGCCGGCCAUAGAGAGGGACAGCGCUGCCUUACUGCGGGCCGUGACGGCGCUCCAGCCGCCCGCCGAGGCCAGGAGGAAGGCGCUGAACCGAAGUCUCCUGCACCACAAGUUCGCUGCCGAGGUAGCCGGCGAGUUGGACUGGCUGUCGGAGCGCAAGGCGGCGGCGUCGUCGGAGGCGCUGCCCGCGGACCUGCACGCCACCCAGACGGCGCAGAAGAAGCACGGGAAGCUGCGCGCCGAGCUCACCGGCCGGCGGCCCCUCAUCGCGCGCGUCAUCGAGCAGGGCCGCGGGCUGGUCGCAGAGGGACACCCGCAGAAAGAUAAGAUCCUGGCUCUUUGCGAAGAGUUGGAGUCAGCGUAUACCGAGGUGUCGGCGGCGGCGGACGCCAGGGCCUCGCGUCUGGAGGCCGCGCUGAGGGCGCAGCAGUUCUUGCACGAGGCCCGCGAGGUGGACUCCUGGCUCGCUGACAAGGCGACAGCUCUCUCCACCGACGACGUUGGAGGAGACAGACAUCGGGCCACUCAACUCUUGACGAGGCAUAAGGCUGUAGAGUUGGAACUGGACACGUACGCCGCGAUCAUCUCUGAGAUGGGCCACGUGGCGUCGUCGAUGCUGGGCUCGGGACACCCGGAGGGCGGCACGCUGGUGUCGCGCCACGCCGCGCUGGCCGACACCCUGGCGAGGCUGCAGCGUCUGGCGGCGCACCGGCAGCACGCGCUGGUCGAGAGCGUCUGCAGGCACGAAUACUUGGCUGAGAGCGAGGAGUUGGAGCACUGGAUCCAGGAGCAGUACGCCGCAGCCUCCAGCGAGGACUACGGCCAGGAUUACGAACACUUACUGAUCUUACGGUCUAAAUUCGAUGAGCUCCGUCACCGCGUCGAGAGUGGAGCGGAACGGUUCAACCAGUGCGAGGAGCUGGCCAAAAAGCUGCUGGCGUCCGAGAGCCCUUACAUCGAGGACAUCGAGAAGAGACAGGAGGCGCUGGGAGAGUCGUGGCAGCGACUGGUGGAGCAGAUCCAGUCGCGAGGGUCUCGUCUCCACGCGGCGGGCGAGAUCCACCGCUUCCACCGCGACGUGGGCGAGCUGGUGUCGCGCGCGGCGGACAAGCGCGCGGCGCUGGGCGGCCGGCCCGCGCCCCGGGACCUGCGCGCCGCCACCGCGCUGCUCCGGGACCACGACACGCUGCGCAACGACCUGCUCGCUGUCGACGCGCAGAUGCAGGUCUUACAAGAGGAGGGCAGUCGUCUCCAAAAGCUGUACCCUGGGGGUAACGUGACGCAGAUCGCUCUACAGCAGAAAGCUCUGGCUGAAGCUUGGGAGAUGCUGAAGCAGGCUGCAGACGAACGCAAGCACGUCCUGCUGCAGCAUCUACAGCUGCACCAGUUCCUCACGCAGGUGCGCGACCUGACGUCGUGGUGCCGCAGCGUGGCGGCGUCGCUGGGCGGCGGCGUGCGCGUGCGCGACGCGGUGUCCGCACAGAGCGCGCGCGCCGAGCACCACGCGCUGCGCGCCGAGCUGGACGCGCGCGACGACAGCUUCGCGGCCGCCCUGCAGCUCGGACACGACCUGCUCGCCGACAGACACCCCAGCUCCGCCGAGAUCGAGGAGAAGUGCGGGGCGCUGAUGGAGGAGCGUGCGCGGCUGGAGCGCGCGUGGGCGGCGCGGCAGGUGGCGCUGGACCAGCUCAUAGACCUGCACUGCUUCCUGCGCGACGCCAAGCAGCUGCACGACCUCUGCGCCGCGCAGGAGGCCUCGCUCAGUACAGAGCUGUCCCCUACCAGCAGCGUCGAGGCCAUCGAGCACCAGCUGAAGAAGCACGAAGCCUUCGAGAAGCUGAUCGCGACCCAGGACGAAAAGCUGGCAACAUUGAACAGCCAUGGCGACAAGCUGCUACAGCAGAACCACGUGGAAAGCCAGAGGAUCGCUGACGAGCUGCAACUAAUUAACGAGAGGAGACAAAAGCUGUACGAGGCGGCGGCGGCGCGGCGCGCGGCGCUGGGUCGCCUGCGGGCUCGCGCGCAGCUCGCCCGGGACGCGGCCGAGACUCGCAGCUGGGUCGCGGAGAAGCUCGCCAAGCUGACUGCCGACCAACAGCACGGCGAAGUAACAAACUUGGAGGAUAAGAUCAAGAAGCUGCAGAAGCACCAGGCCUUCACGGCCGAGCUGGCGGCCAACAAGGCGCGCCUGCAGGAGGUGGAGGCGCUGGCCCGGCAGCUCAGCCCCGACCCUGAGGUCGAGGAGCAGCUGGCUGAGCUGAGGAAUGACUGGGCGAAACUCGAAGACGCGACCCGGGAGACUGGUCGCGGUUUGGAAGAAGCCCAAGACAUCCUGGAGUUCAACCAGCACUUGGACAAGUUCGAGGCUUGGAUCAGAGACAAGGAGAUGAUGGUGCAGGCGCACGAGCUGGGCCGCGACUACGAGCACUGCAGCGCGCUGCUCCGCAAGCUGGACGACGUGGACAGCGACAUGCGCGUGGACGACCGCCGCGUGCGCAGCGUGCGGGCGCUCGCCGACAAGCUGCUCAACCAGGGCCCCACCCAGCAGGCGGCCACGGUGGCGCAGCGCCGCGACGCCUUCCUGUCGAAGUGGGCGGCCCUCAGCGGAGCCCUACAGCGGUACCGGGACAACCUGGCCGCCGCCCUCGAGAUACAUUCGUUUAACAGAGACGUGGAAGAUACGGCGGAGCGUAUCUCGAAGAAGGCGGCCAUCUUCAGCAGCACGGAGCGCGGGCGCGAGCUGGAGGCCGCCCACCUCCUGCGCCGCAGCCACCUGGCGCGCGCCGCCGAGGCCUCCGCCGUGCUCACCAGGAUCCAGGAGCUUCAGGCGGACGGCACCGACCUCGCCACCAGACACCCAGAGCACGCUAAAGAUAUAGAGGAGAGUCUCCGCAACUUACGCGAGGGUUGGGACAACCUGCAGAAGUUGGCUGAGAGGAGAACCGCGCUGCUAGAUGCGGCUAUCAACGAGCACAAAUUCGAUGAGAACUUAAAGGAAUUGGAAGUCUGGGUGUCGGAAGCCGUGAAGCAGAUGGACGAAGUCGAGGACCCGGAGACGAUGGCAGAAGCCCAGGCCUUGCUGGAGCUUCACGACGAGAAGAAGGCCGAAAUCGACAACCGCCAGAAAGCCAUAGCCUCGCUGAAGAAGGAGGCCGAGCAAACGCCGGAGAAGCUUAAGAAAGUCGAACACCUCUCCACCACCCUCGACCAAGCCUGGCUGAAGAGGAAGGAGAAUUUGACUCAGGCGCACCAGUUACAGCUACUGAAGGAGCAAGCGAGACAGAUUGAAGACUGGCUCUCGACUAAGGAGGCCUUCUUGAACAAUGACGACUUGGGAGAGAACUUGGACGCCGUCGAGACCCUCAUCCGUAAGCACGCUGAGUUCAGCAAGCUGCUGGAGAGCCAGAUCUGCCGCGUCGACGAGCUGAGGAAGAGCGCUGAGGGCUUGAAGGACCAUCCUCUGAGGGUCAGGGUGGACGACGUCCUCCGCAGGGCCGACAGACUCAAGGAGUCGUGUAAGUCGCGCGGAGACGUGCUGCAGCAGUCCAGACAGCUGCACCAGUUCCUACAGGACCUGCAGCACGAGAGGGAGUGGAUCGCGCUCAAGAUGCAGAUCGCCAACGACCAGAAUUACAGAGAACUGUCUAACCUGCAAUCCAAGAUACAGAGGCACGCCGCCUUUGAAUCAGAGCUUGCGGCCAACAAGGGACGCAUCGACGACGUCGCCAACAGAGGGGAGGCGCUUAUUGAAUCAAAACAUUACGCUUCUCAAGAGAUAGCGAAACACGUCGAGGAGUUGGAGAACCAGUGGCAGGAAUUGCAGACCGCCGCUAAGCUGCGUCACGAUCGCCUGCAAGAAGCCUACCAGGCCAGGAUCUUCUUCCGAGGGUUAGACGACUUCACCACCUGGCUGGACGAGGUGGAGGCGCAGCUGCUCAGCGAGGACCACGGCAAGGACCUGGCGUCGGUGACGGUCCUUCUGAAGCGACACUCGCGUCUCGAGCAGCAGGUGUCGAGCAAGGCCGACACGGCGACGCAAUUGGCCGACACCGCCCGCCAGCUCGCCGACACCAAGCACUUCAUGGCACAGGAGAUACUGGACAGAGCCGACCAGGCCGUCAAACGCUACCGCCAGCUACAAGAGCCGAUACAGAUCAGAAGAGAUAAUCUAGAAGAUGCCGAGCUUCUCCACCGCUGGGAUAGAGACGCCGACGAGGAAUUCGCCUGGUUACAGGAACGGGAGCCCUUGGUGCACCAGGAGGACGCCGGCUCCUCGCUCCCGGAGGCGCAAGCUCUGCUGAAGAAGCACCUGUCUCUGGAAGCUGAGCUUAUCGCCAGAGAGCCCACGGUCAGCGCCGUGUGCGGGCGCGCGGCGCAGCUAUCCCGGCGAGGUCACUUCGCGUCGGGCGCCCUAGAGGCCCGGGCGCGCGAGUUGUCGGCGCUCAUGCGGUCCCUGCUGCACGGCGCCAGCGUGAGGACCGCGGCACUGCAACGACGGUGCGACGUGCUUAUGCUGGUGUCGGAGGUAGCGGAGGCGCGCGCGUGGCUGGCGGCGCGGCGGGGGGCGGUGGGGGGCGGGGCGGGGGCCGAGCCGCGGGACGAGGGGGAGGCUCGCGGCCUCACGCGCCGCCUGCACGCCGCGCUCGCAGACCUCACGCCUUUCGACCUCACGCUGGACAAGCUGUACAAGGCCUGCGCCGCUCUGCAGGAGCGCGGCGCGGGGGACGCGGACGAGGUCAAGCGCAGCAUCGACGAGCUGAAGGCGGAGCAUGAGGACAUGAAGCUGCUGGCGGCCAGGAGGCAGCAGCGCCUCGAGCAGAGCGUCAAGUACUUCAAGUUCGUGGAGGAGUGCGAGGAGGUCUCCGAAUGGAUCGGGGAGCAGAUGGCGGCGGCCGCCAGCGAGGACUACGGGCUGGACGUGGAGCACGUAGACACGCUGCAGCAGGCCUUCGCGAGCUUUUUGACUCAACUUAACGCGAACGAGGGUCGCAUCGAGUCCGUCUGCGAGGCCGGCAACGUGCUGCUGGAAGAGAACAACCCUGAGUCGGACAAGGUGAAGCAACGGGUCGACGACAUCAGGGGUCUGUGGGAGGACCUCAAGGAACUAGCGGUGGCGCGGCAGGAGGCGCUGGCCGGGGCGCGGCAGGUGCACGAGUUCGACCGCAGCGCGGACGAGACGGGCGCGUGGAUCGAGGAGAAGGAGCGCGCGCUCAGCGAGCUCAGCCCCAGCGCGCACGCGCAGCCCGCGCACGGACGCGCGCUGCACGCCCUGCGCGCCGACCUGCACGCCGUGCGCGACCAGCACCAACGUCUGCGGGACGAGGCCGCCAGGCUGGGGGAAACGUUCCCUGACGCCCGCGAGCACCUGUCUUCGAAGCUGGAGGACGUGACGGAAGCCCUGGACGCCCUGGAGCGGCGCGCCGAGCACUGCGCGCAGCAGCAGGAGCUGGCCAGCCACCUGCAGGCCUACUUCGGCACCUACCAGGAGCUCCUGGCGUGGUGCAGCGCCACGCUGGCCCGGGUGACGGCGCCCGAGCUGUCCCGGGACGUGCCCGGGGCGGAGCGCCUGGUCGCCAGGCAUGACGACAUCAAGUCGGAGAUCGACUCCAAGGACGAAGACUUCAACAAGUUCUACAGCGACGGCGAAAAGCUGGUCAGAGAAGGCCACUUCAUGUCAGCCGAGAUAGAGGAGAGGAUGUCCGCCCUCCGCAGCCGCCGCGCCGUGCUGGACUCGUGCUGGAGCUCGCGAAGCAGGAUCUACGCGCAACACCUGGACGCUCUGGUCUUCAAGCGCGAUGCCAUGACCCUGGACAACUGGAUCACGAAUAGAGUGCCGCUGGUGAGGGACGGGAAACUUGGUGAGAACGUGGCCCAAGUUGAGGAGUUGAUCACGCGCCACCGAGACCUGGAGGAGACCAUCGAGGCGCAGAGGGACAAGUUCAACGCCCUCAAGCGCAUCACCCUGAUCGAGCAAGCCUUCAAGGAGCAACAAGAAGCGGAGGCGGUGGCGCGUCGCCGGUCCGCCGAGAAGCAAGAGGCAGACCGGCUGCAGCAGUACAGGAGGAGGGAGAUGGAACGCAUCACCGAGGAGAGGAGGAGGGAAACUAUCAGUAGAGAGACGGAGCACGCGCCGACGCAGCGGCCGCCCUCCCCGGAGGAGGGCCUGUCCCCGGCGCCGCAGUUCGACAAGCUGCCCAAGAGCGACGCCGGCGUCAAGCGCGCAGAGAGCAUGAACGUCGUGAAGACGCCGAAGAGGACCCCCUCGUUCACGACCCGGCGUCGGACCCAGAGCUUCACCAGGCACCGGGGAGGGGACAUCGACAAGCUACCGCCCGUGGAGAUCGAAGGCUAUUUGGAGCGCAAGCAGCAGGCCGGGUGCGGCGGGAAGCGCGCCACGGUCCGGUCGUGGCGCGGCUACCACGCCGUGCUCUGCGGGCAGCUGCUCUGCUUCUUCAGGGACCAGAUGGACUUCGCAAGCACCAAGGCCGCGGCGCCGCCCGUCGCCAUACUCAAUGCGGAGUGCUCCGCGGCCCCGGACUACACCAAGCGCAGCCACGUGUUCCGGCUCCGCUGCGCCGACGGGGCCGAGUACCUGUUCUCGUGCGGCAGCCGCGCGCUGCUGCAGGACUGGGUCAACAAGAUCUCCUUCCACGCGCGGCUGCCCCCGGAGCUGCAGCUGACGCCCUACGCCGCGCCCGGGGACUCGCCCACCGCCGAGAUCCGAAGGCGGCUCCAACAAAACGCCUCGUCGUCGUCCGAAGAGGAACUGUCUCCGGAGCCCCAGCGCAAGUCCCGGUCCCAGGCGGAGAUCCUGCAGGAGCACAGGAGCAGCCAGCAGGCGGCCAGGAGUAGCGCCACACCAGAGCGGACCACCACCACGACCGAAAGACUCAUUGAGUCGACAGUGCUGCCGUCGCUGCCGCCCCGACAGCCGCCGCGCGAGGAGGAGGCCGCCGACGUCGUCCUCAGGAACGCGGAGCAGGCCGCCGGCGGGACCUGGGGCAGGUCCAGAUUCUCAAACGGACGAGACAUCAAUUCAGACUUCAUCAGGUCACAGAAAGACGCCGCGGACCUGCCUCCCUUACCGCCGAUGGGGCCCCCGGAACGACCCCCCAGCCUCCCGGAUCGACCGCCAGCUUUACCAGAACGAGCCCCAAACCUCCCCGAACGGAAUUCAAAUGCAAACGACAGAGGCGAGAGAUCUGUGACCGCGCUGGUGGAUAGCUACCAGCAGAGAAUGUCAGGGUCGUGGCAGGGAAAGGACGCUAACAGGAACACAACAUGGCAGCAAGAGAGACAGAACAAUAACUACACAAACGUGGAGACUUCGCACUUCUACUCGAGCGAGGCUGCAUACGGAGGUGGUGGAAGCGGUGCCAGGCCGGCGUCCGUGGCUGGUAGCGGAGGCUCUCCCGCCGUAGAGCGGCCCGCCUCGCGGUCGUCGGGCGAGUCGGAGCUGUCCGUGAGCAGUGUGACGAAAGACAAGAAAGAGAAGAAGGGAGUCUUCGGAGGCUUCUUCAGCAAGAAGAAGCGGCCGCAGAGUCACAUGUAGGAGGCGAAGAAGGCACCACUGACGUGACCACUCCGGUAUCAUUCCUGGUUUGCAAGUUUCUUAAUGUCUUCGAUGGUGGACCGUCAUUCUGAUAAUGAGAGAUGGUUAGCUCAGCUGUGACAGACACAGCCACUUAGAGCUUCUAAUGAUUCUAAUUAAAAAUGCAUUAAAUUUGUUUUUUUUUAAAUAUAAUAAAAAUAUUUUCUUAAUUCGUUCAAUGCCGGUCAAAAUUUGAAGCGGAACUCUAGAAGCAUCUAUAUAGAUGUUCAUUAAUGGUAUAUAUUUAAUUAGUAAUGUUAUAGUUCUGGUGUUAAGUGAAUAUGAUGUUACAGUAUCGCCUUUGUAAACACCGCCCUGUCUUUUACCGCGAUAUUAAAAGACUUAAAUUUAAUUUAGACAUUGUUAUGGCUCAUCGACGACAGCUUCAAAAUCAAUUUGUGCUUAGGGCAACCCUAAAUAUUACACUUCUUAUGAUUUUUUUUAAUGUGGCAACGCACUAGCGGCAUGGCAACAAACCGUUGAAGUUGCACAGAAAAUUCUGAUCGUACCUACUUGCAAGUGUAUUUUAUUUUAGAUUUAGAUAAUUAAAAAUCCUUCUAGGAAACUAGGAAAGUUCCGUUGACGCCCGAAGUAGUUUGAAACUACGUAAUUAGCAUUUGAGAAUCGGAAGAUGUCGGGGAUGUCUAGCUAUCUCUCUCCCGCACUGUGAGCAGCGCUAUUUGUCAAGAAUACCCAAUUUAAUUCUAAUCAAAUCGUUUCUAAAAGAGUAGUUUUAUUUUUACACGACAUUAAUGCUUUGCGGUAAUAAGCAGGGUGAUGGUACCAGGCCGCGAGGGCUCAACGCGCUCACCAUUCACAUUCCUUGCGAAAAAUGUCACAAAUUUUAUUAUAUACACAUAGGGACCAAAAUACUAAUGGUAAUAAUGUUGUUAUAUUUAAAUGGUAAAAUAACCUCUGUAUUUGCAACUUAGAAUUACUGAAUAACAUUACUCGUGCUAUAGUUGAAGUUAAAUAUUUAAAAAAAAAAACUAAGAGAAACGUCAAAUAUCUGUCAAACUUUCGCUAUGUAUAUUUUGUUUGUUAAAGGAAUCAAAAUUCAACAAAUACACGUGUCUUUCUAGAAUAUUAUUCGAUUUAUUAUUACUAUUACUUUAAAAAAUAUGUUACAAACAAAAUUUUGUAUCAUAAAAGACUUCGAUGUGUCAAAUUUUAUGCUAAAACGCUUUUUUUAAUGUUAAUUCAAACUGUUGUAUUCUUCAUUGAUAAGAAAACGUGUUUCUCAUUAAUAUUCUUUUAUUAUUAUUUGUUAUUUAAGUUUGUAACCUAACAUAGCAUUUUAAAUGCGUCAUGAUGAUAAAAAUAAGACCCAAAAGUCUUGGCUCGACAGAUAUGGCAACACUGUAAGGCGAAUAAGGCUAAAACAUCGGGUAACUGAUGGCCGUAAAGGCGUUGGCAUAAGUCGAGACAUCAUAUUAUUAUUCAGUUAUAGUACAAUAAAAAGAACCACCCAUUAAAUAAUAGUGAUGUUGAUUUUUACAAUUUUAUUAUGUCGUUAAAUAGUUUGGUUAAAAUCUUUUAUUUACCUGUGAAUGUGUGUACCUGUGAGCGUGUACAUUCAAAAACCUUAUUACAAAAUAUGCUAUGUUAGGUUUUAGCUGAUGAAGUGUUUAUAUUGUAUAAUUACUCAUCGAUAAUGAUUGUAAAAAUGUCUGUGCGCUAACAGUUCUACUGUUUUAACUAACACAAGACUGCAUGGAGUUAAUUAAUUUAUUCCUCAGUCAACAUUACACACAAUCCCAAUAAUAAAAUCGAUGAGAGAUGAGUUUAACGUAAUCAAUAAAUUAUAUAAAAUCUUUUAAAAUAAGUAAUAAAAUAUAUUUUUGCGAAUAA